AUGGCGCGCGGACAGAUUUUGUUGACUGGCGUAGCGUUUGCUGUGAUCAUGGUGUUUGAUGUGGUAUAUGGUCUGCCCGAGUCAUCGGACACAAUGAAACGCACUUCCGAUUGGGGAGAGUCUAAACGCAACGGACCUGACGAGGAGGACCUGCCGCUGACUGUGCCGGCGCUGGACAGCCACCAGUCGAUUGUGUCGGUGACGACAUCGGUGUGGGAAUGGAUGGGAAAGGCGUUUGUAUUGGCUUUUGUGGUCUAUAUCUUGUAUAGACUGUCGAAAGAGGUGUUCCAGGAAUGUGUGGCCAAACGUAUGGGUUUGGGUGUUGUGUGGAAACCAUCGCCCGAUAACUGGGCUAUUAUUACGGGAGCUACCGACGGGAUAGGGUUGUCAUACGCCCACAACUUGGCCGAAAUGGGGUACAGUUUGCUCAUAAUAUCCCGCAACGACGAGAAACUACAACGAGUGCGCUCAGAUUUACUGUCGGCGAAUCGCGCAUGCGCCGAAGUCAAAACACUUUGCGUAGAUUUUACGCGUCCGGACAUUUACGAGCGGAUCCGCGAAACGUUGGCCACCCUAACCAACAUCGAUGUACUCGUAAACAACGUGGGCAUGUCCUACAAACGAUACGAAUACUUCCACAUGAUCGACGACCUAGAGCCAUUCAUAGACCAAAUAGUGAACUGCAACGUACUGGCCGUCACUCGCAUGCUGGCCAUAUGCCUGCCCCGUAUGGUUACCGCCCGGCGCGGUAUUGUCAUCAACGUUAGUAGUAUUACAGCUGACUGUCCCGUCCCGUUGCUGGCCGUAUACUCGGCCACCAAAGCCUACGUCGACUACCUGUCCCGGGCGUUGGAGAUCGAGUAUAGAGACACUCCGGGGCUGACCAUACAGUCGGCGGUGUUUGGCUUUGUGGCCACCAAAAUGUCAUCACUAAAGCCGUCGUUUGUGUGCCCGACUGCCGACGAAUCGGUGCGCGCAAUGCUGGCCACCGUAGGCAUUAAGGCCCGAACCCAUGGCCACUACGCCCAUCGACUGCAGAUUACUUACCUGGAGAUCAUAAGCUCGGUGUUGGGUGUGACCCGAGGCAGGCCUAUGGUGUGGUCCCAAUGGUCUUAUAAUUGGUUGGCAAAGUUUCGAUCUAGGUACUAUGAAAAGAGGGGACUCAAAGAUCCAUGGUUAACUGAUAAUCAGUGGUUGACUGUGUAA